AUUUUCCCAAGAAGACACAUAGAAAAGUGUUGUAGUCGUUCUGGCCUCGCUGUUUCUGUCUUUGACCGAACUGAACCCAAAGAAGAGGAAGAAACCUUAGCAGCUUUCGGCGCUCUUUUUUCUUUAAUCUCUAUGUUUCCUUCCCUUCUUCUUCGUCUUCUUCGCUUCACCUUUUUUUCAUAUCAUAUUCAUCCCUGUCUCUCUAUGACACACUAGUACUUCUUCUUUUCUGUACCCAUUAUUACCCACACACCCCAAGUACUAAUACUAUAUUAUAUUCCACUAUUUUAUUAUUAUCACUACUAUUAUUGUUUUUAUUACCUUAAACUAAACAAAAACUAGUUUUUCUUUAUUGUUGGUGUGGUUGUUUUGUUUUUAUAUACUAGAGUCAUGUAUCUUCUGGUUUCUACACUAUGUGCAAUGAACAAACCAACUGAAGUUGUUGCCUUUUAGCUUCAAUCUCUCAACUCCACCAACGCAUCAUCCAAAUCUAGCGGCAUAUCUCAGCCUGCACUUUCACAACUCUGCCAAAGAGAAAAAGGAAAAAGUAAAAGUUAAAGAAAGAGAAACCCUUUACUUGUUUUCAGGUAUGUCACUGCCUAGCUGACCAAUGAUAACGUUAAUAGAAGCAAGAAAGGAAAAAUGAGUGUGAAAUCAAGCCGGUUAAUGCAUGUACUCAUUAGAGACGGACGUUGAAACUCAGUGAUUUCUGGUGGAGCUUGACUAGUCGUCUUCUAUGCUGUCUUGUGUAACAGAAAAUAUGGGCUUACUCUGUAGCAGAAACCGGCGUUAUAAUGAUGCUGAUGCUGAAGAAAACGCACAGACUGCAGAGAUUGAAAGAAGAAUAGAAUUGGAAACAAAGGCUGAAAAGCACAUUCAGAAACUUCUACUACUUGGAGCUGGAGAGUCAGGGAAGUCCACAAUAUUUAAGCAGAUAAAACUUUUGUUUCAAACUGGCUUUGACGAGGCAGAACUAAAAAGCUACUUACCAGUCAUCCAUGCUAAUGUGUAUCAGACAAUAAAAUUAUUGCAUGAUGGAUCAAAGGAAUUUUCCCAGAAUGAUACUGAUUUUUCCAAGUAUGUUUUAUCCGAUGAAAAUAAGGAAAUUGGGGAAAAGUUAUCAGAUAUUGGAGGAAGGCUUGAUUACCCAUAUCUCACCAAGGAACUUGCACAGGAAAUUGAAAAUCUGUGGAAGGAUCCUGCAAUUCAGGAAACAUAUGCCCGUGGUAGUGAGCUUCAAAUUCCAGAUUGUACUGAUUAUUUCAUGGAAAAUUUGCAAAGGUUGUCUGAUGCAAAUUAUGUUCCAACAAAGGAGGAUGUUUUGUAUGCUAGAGUGCGUACCACUGGGGUUGUAGAGAUCCAGUUCAGCCCUGUUGGGGAAAAUAAGAAAAGCGGUGAAGUCUAUAGACUCUUUGAUGUUGGUGGCCAGAGAAAUGAGAGGAGAAAGUGGAUCCAUUUGUUUGAAGGAGUUUCAGCUGUAAUAUUCUGUGCUGCAAUUAGCGAGUAUGAUCAAACACUUUUUGAGGAUGAAAACAGAAACAGAAUGAUGGAGACUAAGGAACUUUUUGAGUGGGUCCUGAAGCAACCAUGUUUUGAGAAAACAUCCUUCAUGUUAUUCUUAAACAAGUUUGACAUAUUUGAGAAGAAGAUCUUGAAAGUCCCUCUUAGUGUAUGUGAAUGGUUCAAAGAUUACCAAUCUGUCUCAACAGGGAAACAAGAGAUCGAGCAUGCAUACGAGUUUGUAAAGAAAAAAUUUGAGGAAUCAUAUUUCCAGAACACUGCUCCUGAUCGUGUAGAUCGUGUGUUCAAGAUCUACCGGACCACUGCCCUUGAUCAGAAGGUUGUGAAGAAGACUUUCAAGCUUGUUGAUGAGACUUUGAGGCGGAGAAAUCUCUUUGAGGCUGGCUUGUUAUGAACAGUGAACCAUAUAUGUCACCAAAAGGGAUAACAAACACAAUAUUUUAACAUUGAAGAGUUGAUCAGAUUUUGGGUAUACUAGGGGUCAGGUAUACUAAAUAUUAAAAUCGAUUUGUUGAUUUGUAUUUUCAAGUUAAUCUUGUUGAAUGAAUGAAUGAGUGAGUGGAGAAAAAGGGCCUUGUAGUUGAUCUCCACAUCCUUCUUCAAAGGGCAAAAUUUGUUACUCAAGUUUCAAGAUUUGAUGAUACCAUGAUUUGUGAUCAUGUUUUUACAGAUUGAAAGAUAUAUUUCAUAUUUCUGUCAGGGAUCAUACUUUGCCUCCUA